GAUUUAAACCAAUUGGGUCAAAAACGCAAUCAUUAUACUAAACAUAGAAAACAUUGUUGGGUGUUGUCCCAUCCGGCUACGGGAAUAUGACAGAGAAGAAGCGAAGGCAUGACAACGCCAGUCAAUUUAUAGUUUGAUCAAACAGUUUUUUAUGUUAUUGCGAGUGAAUAGUAAAGCUAGUUGUUACUCAAUAGCCCUUGUUUUAACUUUAAUAUAAUAAUGAAAUUAUGAUGAGUAACUUUGGAUAUUAUUUGUUUGUGUUACUUUGCUGUAGCGUUAUAAAUACUAAUGCAGAGUCUGCUCGUUACUAUUAUGAUUAUGAGUGCAAUGAACCACUUCUAGCGUCUGCUAAAUUAACAGCCACAUCUAGCUUGAGGGACCGAGGACCAGACAAUGCCAAGCUCUAUGGAACCUCAGCAUGGACCUCGCUGGAAAGCUCUUACUACCAGCACCUGACGAUAAACCUGGGGAAGCGCAAGGAGCUGCGCAGCGUCGCCACUAGGGGGCGGUACGCGACUGAUGAGUACGUCACAGAGUAUAUGUUGCAGUAUUCUGAUGAUGGAGAGAGUUGGAGACUCAUGUCGUCGGCAGGUGGAUUUGCGCAGAUGUUCGAAGGUAACCAAGAUGGGAACACAGUGCAUAGAAAUGAAUUCGAAGUGCCUAUAAUAGCUCAGUUCAUUAGAAUCAAUCCAAUGCGGUGGCGGGACAAGAUAUCAAUGAGGAUUGAAGUCUAUGGUUGUGAUUAUGUUGCUGAUACGAUGUACUUCAACGGAACCUCGUUGGUCAAGGUGGACCUCCUCCGCGAUCCGGUAUCCGCGUCGCGGGAGACGAUUCGCUUCAGGUUCAAGACCAGUACAGCAUCAGGGGCGUUGCUGUACUCGCGCGGCACCCAGGGUGACUACGUCGCGCUGCAGCUCAGGGACAACAGGCUGGUGUUCAAUAUAGACCUUGGUUCUGGCACGGCGACGUCUCUGUCGGUGGGCAGCCUGCUGGACGACAACAUCUGGCACGACGUGGUCAUCUCGCGCAACCGCCGCGAGCUGCUGUUCUCGGUGGACCGAGUCGUCGUGCAGGACCGCAUCAAGGGGGAGUUCUCGCGGCUCAACCUCAACAGAGCUAUAUACAUAGGAGGCGUGCCAAAUUUCCAAGAAGGCUUAGUGGUGAAUCAAAACUUCACUGGCUGCAUAGAGAACAUGUACUUGAAUGCUACCAACGUGAUCCAAGAUCUCAAAGCCGGUUAUGAUGCUGGAGAGCCCUUCAAGUUCCAAAAAGUUAACACACUAUUUGCUUGCCCUGAACCACCAGUAGUGCCUAUAACGUUCCUGAAGGAGGGCUCAUACGCUAAGCUACGCGGGUACUCCGGCGGGAACUCACUCAACAUCUCGCUGGAGUUCAGGACGUAUGAGAACCACGGCCUGCUCAUAUAUCACCACUUCAAGAACGACGGAGAUGUUAAGGUAUUCCUAGAAGAAGGGAAAAUCAAAGUGGAAUUGGAGAUGGCUGGAUCCCCUCGCGUGAAGCUGGACAACUAUGCGGAGGAGUUCAACGACGGGCGCUGGCACGCGCUGAUGCUGACCAUGGGUGUUGACAACCUCGUGCUGUCCGUUGACUACAGACCUGUGAAAACCACCAAGAAACUCCGGUUCUUCACUGGGAGCACUUAUUAUAUUGCUGGCGGGAAGUCUCCACCCCGAGGGUUCAUCGGAUGUAUGCGCAAGAUUGCAGUAGACGGCAACUAUCGCCUUCCGACCGACUGGAAAAAAGAAGAGUAUUGUUGCCCCAACGAGGUCGUGUUCGAUGCGUGCCAGAUGAUCGACAGAUGCAAUCCAAACCCGUGUGAGCACGGCGGCACGUGCUCACAGUCGGCGGCAGAGUUCUCCUGCGAUUGCCACUCCACGGGCUACGCCGGCGCAGUCUGCCACACAUCGAUGCACCCGGUGUCGUGCCAGGCCUACAAGAACGUGGCGUCCGUGUCCCGCGCCGCCGACGUGCUGCUCGACGUCGACGGCUCGGGCCCACUGCCGGCCUUCCCCGUCACCUGCCACUACUAUUCGGACGGGCGCGUGGUGACGGCGGUGCGCACGUCUGCGGGCGGCGCCGCCGUGGACGGGCACCAGGAGCCCGGCUCGUUCCGGCAGGACGUGCACUACGACGCCACGCGCGCGCAGCUCGAGGCGCUGCUCAACCGCUCGCGAGCCUGCUCGCAGCGCCUCGACUACGCCUGCCGCCACUCGCGCCUCCUCAACUCGCCCAGCGAGGAGGGCACGUUCCGUCCGUUCGCGUGGUGGGUGUCCCGCAGCGGACAGCGCAUGGACUACUGGGCCGGCGCCACGCCCGGCUCCAGGAAGUGCGCCUGCGGCCUGCUCGGCGCCUGCACCGACCCCACCAAGUGGUGCAACUGCGACGCCGAGCAUCCCCACCUCGCGCCCGCAGAAUUUCAAACAGACGGCGGUGAAAUCACAGAGAAAGAGUUCCUACCUGUCAAGCAGCUACGGUUCGGCGAUACGGGCAGCCAUCUUGAUGAGAAAGAAGGACGAUAUACACUCGGACCGCUCAUGUGUGAAGGAGAUGACCUGUUCAGCAAUGCUGUGACGUUCCGCAUCGCGGAUGCAAUAAUAUCCCUGCCCACGUUCGACCUCGGCCACAGUGGCGACAUCUAUUUCGAAUUCAAGACCACAAAGGAGAACGCAGUAUUACUACAUUCGAAGGGUCCCCAGGACUACAUAAAGCUGUCCAUCAUCGGCGGAGACCAGCUGCAGUUCCAGUUCCAGGUGGGCGACACACCGCUCGGCGUCUCCGUGGAGACCAGCACCCGCCUCGCUGACAACCAGUGGCACUCUGUCUCUAUCGAACGGAACAGGAAGGAGGCGCGCUUGGUGGUGGACGGCGCGCUCAAGAACGAGAUCCGCACCGCCAAGGAGCCCGUGCGGGCCCUGCACCUCACCACCGCGCUGGUGCUGGGCGCCGCGCUCGACCGCAAGGACGGCUUCGUGGGCUGCAUGCGCGCCCUGCUGCUGGACGGGCGCGCCCAGGACCUGCGCGCGCGGGCCACGGCAGGGCUGUACGGCGUGUCUGAGGGGUGCGUGGGGCGCUGCGAGUCGUCGCCGUGCCUCAACAACGGCACCUGCCUCGAGGGGUACGACUCCUACGCCUGCGACUGCCGCUGGACCUCCUUCAAGGGACCCAUCUGUGCCGACGAAAUCGGUGUGAACCUGCGUCCCAACUCUAUGGUGAAGUACGACUUCCUUGGUUCAUGGCGUUCCACAAUCGCGGAGAAGAUCCGCGUGGGAUUCACAACAACCAAUCCUAAGGGCUUCCUCCUCGGGUUUUACUCGAAUAUAACUGGAGAAUACCUCACUCUUAUGGUUUCUAAUUCAGGACACUUGCGCGUGGUGUUCGACUUCGGGUUCGAGCGGCAGGAGAUCAUUUUCCAGGGGAAGCACUUCGGCCUCGGACAGUACCACGACGUGCGGCUCUCGCGCAAGAACAGCGGCGCCACCAUGGUUUUGCAGGUGGACAACUACGAGACCCAAGAGUACAACUUCAACAUCAAGGAGUCAGCAGACGCGCAGUUCAAUAACAUACAGUAUAUGUACAUCGGACGCAACGAGUCGAUGAGCGAAGGGUUCGUGGGGUGCGUCAGUCGGGUGGAGUUCGACGAUAUUUACCCCCUCAAGCUGCUGUUCCAGCAGGACCCGCCCCCGAACGUACGGGGACAGGAAGGCGGCGUGCUGCACGAGGACUUCUGCGGCGUGGAGCCGGUCACGCACCCGCCCGAGCCCGUCGAGACUCGACCUCCGCCCGCCGCCGACCUCGAGCGGGACCUCGACUACCACCGCACCGACGAGGCCAUCCUCGGCACUGUGCUGGCGUUCAUCUUCCUGCUGCUGAUUAUUGUUGCGAUCGUGUUGGUGCGCGCCCUAUCGCGGCAUAAGGGCGAAUAUUUAACACAGGAAGAGCGCGGGGCUGAGGGUGCUGCAGGUCCUGAUGCUGCGGCCCUGGCAGCCGCAACCGGCCCUCGAGUCACCAAACGCAGGGAGUUCUUUAUAUAGUCACACUCAUC